AUGCGGGAUAUGGUUCUACGGAAGUGGGACGGCACGGUGGUGGUGAAGUCAAAAGAAACGCUGGCGAGAGAGCUGGGGGGGGAUAAAGAAGCAGAGAUGGCGCUAAAGGCUUUCGCGGCAGCUCCGGAGCAGUGGAGAAAAUGGCUGACGGCGCCGCUGACGGCGGACGAGGUUGCAACUGCGUCGUCAGUGGUGUGCCCUAUGUUUCUGGGGGGCCAGAGGUGUCUGUGGGAGAUCUAUGCCUGUAUGGGAAGGAAGGUUGAGCUGUGUGGCCUUGGCGGUAACAGGGAGCGAGCGGCAUGGAAGGUGAAGAUUGUGCUGGGGUGUGAUAGUGUGGUGCCAGUGGUGUUCUCCAAGUCACGAGCUAUAAGGGUGGUCGGAGAUGCCAGGGCGCGGCUGCUGGCUUCAUCUCUGUUUGAGGAGGACGAGGUGGCCUCGCUGAAAAGGCCCAGGGGAUGGGGCAAGGAUGCCGAGGCGGUAGAGGUUAAGAGGGCAAGCUGGGAAGCUCGAGCGGGCAGGAAGAUUGAUUGGGAGCGAGGGAGAACCUAA